AUGGAGCGUAUAGACGCAGAACACCGCCAAGUUCAUAGAGCACAUGAGCAAGAGCAGUCACCAGGUGCCGCUGCAAGUGAGGUCGAUGAGGCAGAGCUAAUGGUGAAAGUGGCCGAAGAAGCUAUCGUUUGUGACCAAUGCAAUGUGGAUUAUGAUCCCUUCAUUCGAAAGUCAAGUGAAGGUAACGAUACCGGGUCAAGUGUUAGGCAUCAUCUUAAAGACCGGCUGAUGGCGACAGAAGGGGCUCCGGUGAAACUGUUUCCGGGGACUGACGAGCCAGAGUGGAUAUUUAUUGGCGGGAGUCAACGUCGUCAAGCUUCCGGCACGAAUAUAUCAGCUGAGACGUCGCAUUUCAUAAUGAAGAGAAGCUCGGUCACAAAGAUCAAAGAGGUACCCGAACUCACGCCAACCACAGCUGCUGCUGUAGCUGUUGAUGCUGCCUCUGCUGAACAUACGUGA